AUGGACGGCCACACGAAGAGCGGGGACGCCAAGGAGAUCCAGAUGCCAGAGUGGGAACAUAUCGCGGCGCAGCAAGAUGGCGGAAAGGUGGAAGGAGGAGAAGGGGCGCAGAGAGGACAUAUACCGUUGAAGACGCGUGUGGUUGGAGUGUUGGACAAAAUCGUAUCGCCGCAUCGUACCUACUUCGGUAGGAGGCGGAGGACGUUCUUGCUGGUAUUGCUGGGAAUCUUCCUCGCUUUGUUGGUCUUCAUCAUAGGGCUAGCCGUGGGAUUGUCACAUCGAGGGUGGGAUAGAUAUCGGAGUACGAGGUUGGGUACAGGAGCUGACUGCAGGCAGGAACGCGAAUCUCCCGCUCCCUUCGAACACGAAGACUUUCACAGGCGACCUCACGUACUACGAGCCGGGUCUAGGUGCGUGCGGCGAGACAUCUACCAGCAGCGACAGGAUCGCAGCUGUGUCCCACCUUUUGUUCGACGCCGCCGGCUCUACGUCGAGCCAUGGCGGUAACUCGAAUGGUAACCCACUCUGUGGUCGCAUGAUUAGGGUGCAGAGGUUUGAUGCGUCUGCGGGAGAGACGAGGAGCGUAGACUUGAAGGUGGUAGAUCGAUGUACCGGGUAAGCCAAGCGCGGAAUAUCUCGUGAGCGGUCUCCGCUAAUGUAGAUUUGCAUACAGCUGCGCCGCUGAUGAUAUUGACACCACCGAGAGCGUCUUCAAGAAGCUGGCUUCGAUUGAGGAGGGCCGGGUCCCUAUGACUUGGGCGUGGCUGCAGUGA